CGGUGCCGGCGGUGUGAACGUUAACCUGGUGGAGCCUUGCCCGCCUGCGCCCUGCAGCCCAGCCGCGGGGGUCUCUGCACACAGGGCACCAUGGCCACGGCAAACGACAGGGCCGUCCUGCAGACCAUCUUUAACCCCAGCACCCCUUUUGGGGAUAUCCCUGGGCUGGAGGAGGAGGAGGAGGACACCCAGGAGGAAGGGGAAGCCUUUGCGCUGGAGCUGCUGGAGCAGGUCCGGGACCUGGAGCUGCAAGGGGUUUCUGCCGCUGAGUCAGGAGAUGUGAGCACAGCCCUGGAGAGGUUCAGCGAGGCCAUCCGCCUGCUGCCCGAGCGCGCCUCAGGCUACAACAACCGGGCACAGGCCCUGCGGUUGCGGGGGGACGUGGCAGGUGCCCUGCAAGACCUGGACACAGCCAUCUGCCUGAGCCGGGGCUGUGGCCGUGCCGCCUGCCAGAGCUUUGUGCAGCGCGGCCUGAUCCACCGGCUGCAAGCUCGCGAGGAGGAUGCACGGCGGGACUUCGAGCGAGCGGCACGGUUGGGCAGCGCGUUUGCCCGGCGGCAGCUGGUGCUGCUGAACCCCUACUCGGCGCUCUGCAACCAGAUGCUCUGCGAGAUGCUGGGGCGGCUGCGCAACCCCAGUGGCACCGGGAGCGAGUGAGACAGGCAGGAGAUGGGCAAGGCAGCAUGUGGGCUGGCAGAGCCGUGCUCCCAGGGUGGCCCAGGUCCAUCUCCGGUGCUGGAGAUCCUGUUCCUCCUCCUCCUGGCUGACAGCCGGAGAUGAGAAGUACUGACGUGCUUUCCUUUGUCUUGGC